AUGGGAGUGGAGGAACAGCCGUCUCUUUUCAAAUUUCAUAGUUUCUCUUUCUUUCACUCACACAGCAGGCAACAGCUUCAAAAAGACUCGACUCUCUCUUUCUUUGCUCUCCUCGCUCUUUCUUUGCUCUCUCCUCUUUCUUUGCUCUCUCGCUUUCUUUCUCUUCUUUCUUUGCUCUCCUCGCUCUUUCUUUGCUCUCCUCGCUCUUUCUUUGCUCUCCUCGCUCUUUCUUUGCUCUCCUCGCUCUUUCUUUGCUCUCCUCGCUCUUUCUUUGCUCUCCUCUUUCUUUGCUCUCUCGCUCUUCUUCUCCGCUCUUCCAUUAGCUCUCCGCUCUCCUUUCUCCUUCGUAAGCUCUCCUUCUCGCUCUUCGCUCUCCUUCGUCGCUCUCCUUUCUCCUUCGUCUCUCCUUCAUUCUCCUCUCGUCGCUCUCUUUCUCUCUCCGCUCUCUUCUCCUCUCGCUCUCCUUCGCUCUCUUACCCGCUCUCCUCCUCUCCUUCUCCGCUCUCCUUCUCCGCUCUCCUCUCCUUCUCCCUCUCCUUCUCCCUCUUUCCUCUCUCCUUCUCGCUCUCCUUCUCGCUCUUUCCUCCGCUCUCCUUCUCCGCUCUCCUCUCUCCUUCUCCGCUGUCGCUCUCCUUCGUCGCUCUCCUUCUCCGCUCUCCGCUCUCCUUCUCCGCUGUCGCUCUCCUUCUCCGCUGUCGCUCUCCUUCUCCGCUCUUUCCUCUCCUUCGUCGCUCUCCUUCUCCGCUCUCCUCUCUCCUUCUCCGCUCUUUAUCUAAAUCAAUGCCACUUAACUGA